AUGGGGGACAUGAAAACCCCAGACUUUGACGACCUGUUGGCUGCUUUUGACAUCCCCGAUCCAACCAGCCUCGAUGCCAAGGAGACCAUCCCGUCGGCCGGGGAGGAGAACGAGAAUCACCUCAAGUCGUCAGGAAUCUGUAUAGAUGAGAACGUGUCCUUAUCCCACUCUUUGCCUCCCUCUGACGCUCCAGUUGUGAGCGUGAUAGUGAAGAACACGAGUCGCCAGGAGUCCUUCGAAGCAGACAAGGAGGGGAAUCACCUUGGGCCUGGCCUGCUGCACAAUGGGUUUCGUGGGUCCGAUCUGCCAUCAGAGGCUCAUGCUUUGGUGCAUAGUUAUGGCAAGUUUGAGUCGACUUUUAUCAAUGGCGACAGCUCGAGGAGUUACUCCGAGAAACUGGACCAGGCCAAGUCAGAGCCCUUGCCAACUUUUAGUCAGUUUAGCCCCAUUUCCAGCCCUGAACCAGAGGAUGCGUUCAAAGAGAACAGUAUUGGUGAUAAACCCAAACAUGCUCAAACUCCGUAUUUUCCACCACCUUCGAUGUACAUACCGACAGGAGCUUCAGUGCUAGAUCAUCUGAGGAAGGUGCCAGAGCCCGAAUUAAGCAUGUUUGAUCAGUACUGUAAAAAGGAACAAAAGAUGGAAAUCCACUGCCCACCAGAGAAUAGGCUGGAAAUGAGCAGGAGAGAACAAGACAAAGCUCCGCAGAGGUUUGCAGACUCAGGCAAGGACUUGGUAGAUACCAACAGCUUUCUUGGGGAAGGCUUGGUGUUUGGAGACCUCUCUCACAAUAAUUUAGGAGAAAGUAAAGGGUCUGUGCCUGACCUGAAUGUGUCUCCAUCGGUACCGCCUCGUCAGAGGUUAAAGCCAACUCACUCGAAGUUGUCAUCCUGUGUGGCAGCGUUGGUAGCUCUUCAGGCCAAAAAGGUUGCAUGUAUUCCCAAAGGUGAUCAGCCAAACCUUACCAAGGAACCUGGUCCUUUCAAAGACGGGACGAAGGGAAGUCCAAAAAUGCCCAAGUCACCAAAGAGUCCCCGAAGCCCCUUAGAGGUGGUGAGGAAGGCCAGCAAGCAGCCCGAGAGCCCUCGAAGCGUGUGCAGUGACAGCAGCGGGAAAGGCUCUCCAUCCAUGGCGGCUGGCUCUCCGCCAGCUAUUCCCAAAGUUAGGAUAAAGACCAUCAAGACAUCCUCUGGUGAAAUUAAAAGGACAGUAACAAGGAUUUUGCCAGAAAACGAUGAGCUGGGCAAAUCUUCGGAGGAGUUACCUCUGGAAACCUCAUCCACUGAAGAGUUUAUCAAAUCUUUCCCCUCUCCCGACACGAGUGCAGUUGCGGAAAGCGAGGCUGGCAAGACUUCAACCAAUAACGAGGCCACUGUGGCCAUCCAACUGUCGAAUGCAACAAGCCCUUACACGGACGGCGCGAAAGUAGAUCUCACCAUGUGCACCGUGUCCUUAUCUCCGCUGCCAAACUGCAGUGGCGCCGUAAAAGCGGCCUUCAAGAAGCAGCAGGGUGUUGGGACACAGCCGGCCAACACAACCACCUCCAGCCUUCUCCCCAAAGCUGUGCACUUGGCAAAUCUCAACUUGGUCCCACACAGCGUCGCCGCUUCUGUGGCGGCCAAGUCGUCCGCGCAGAGGAGGAACCAGACACAGGUGACACAGAUGUCGGUGCCACUUGUGCACCAGGUCAAGAAAGCAGCUCCCGUCGUUGUGGAGGCAUUUAAUAAAGUCCUGCACGGUGCCAACCCGGUGCCAACAUAUACUCCGAACCUUAGCCCUCCUCCUGACACCAGUAUUAAUUUGCCUGCCUCUGGGUAUUGUUGCCUGGAAUGCGGGGACUCCUUUGCCUUAGAGAAAAGCCUGACUCACCACUAUAGUCGCCGGAGCGUUCACAUCGAAGUCGCGUGCACUCAGUGCUCAACCACGCUCCUCUUUUUUAACAAGUGUAGCCUGCUCAAGCACGCGCGAGAUCAUAAAAGCAAAGGGUUCAUCAUGCAGUGCUCGCAGCUGCUGCUGAAGCCAAUUGCCGUCGACCAAAUGUUUUCGUCUUCUCCCGCGAGCUCGCCGCCGGCCUCUCUGGCUCCUCAGACUUUUCGUUCGCCCUCUCCCUCACGGAAGCCGGGCGUCGNGAUCCCUCCUGCCGCUACGCCGGCCAUGCCUCUCUAUACGGACCCGUUGAGCCUAAUCCGUCACGGACUUAAGUGUUUAGAGUGUAACAAGCAGGCGCAGGAUUACGUCGCUUUAGCAGCUCAUUACCAGAGAACCUCAGAAGAUAAUGAGAGGCUGACGUGUCAAGUGUGCCAGAUGAUGCUGCCCAACCAGUGCAGUUUCUGCGCUCACCAGAGGAUCCACGCUCACAAGUCUCCGUACUGCUGCCCCGAGUGCGGAGCCGUCUGCCGCUCCGCCUAUUUCCAAACUCACGUCAAGGAGAACUGCCUGCAUUACUCUCGCAAAGUCGGAUUCAG